GGAGGUGAGCUUGGGUGAGAGGUAACAAGGGGGGCUCCGAGGAAGGAGCUGGGAUGUGGCUUGGGGCAAGUCACUGAACCUCUCUGGGCCUCAGUUUCCUCAUCUGUCAAGUGGGACCUUCCAGCUCGCGAUCCAAGGUGGCCUUUCAAUUAACCUUUCAAAGUCGCUCCCGAAUCUCCCGCCUCCAUGCCGUGCUCAGGUGCCUCAUGCCGGACACUCCCUCUCUCUGCCUCUUGGAAUCGAGGCUUCUAGUAACGGUUAGCUCAGGUGCCCCCUCCGUUCUGUGAAGCAGGGCUCUGAUGCUCAUUGGGGGCAUUGUCUUUAUUUCUCUACAUCCGACCCCCUGCAAGCCUCCCCGGCCUCCAGCUCAAGUUCCUGGGGACCGAGGCUCCUUGCAGGGUCAGAUCCCAGAGGCUCCGGGCCAGCGAGGAGGGGGCGGCAGGUAGCCAGGCUGGCAGUCCGGGGAAGCAGAGAAGGGCAGACAGAGCCGGGACUUAACCGCAAAGCCCCAUUCAUUCUCCAGAAAGUCCACAUCUGGAUUUGAUUGACUUACUCGCCAGCUCCCUACAGCUGGUUUGAAGCAGCCUAGGAAAAAACCACACAACUCAUAGAACAAAACCGCAAACUGCCUCCUCCUCCUCCCUUGGGACAAGCCUGCGGGCUCCUGACCCUGCCCGGGACCAGCUGAGGGGGCGAAGAUUUCAGUCAAGGCAAUCUUCAGUCGAGAUUGGCGAGGCUUCAGGACUCCAGGAGAGGCAAGGAGGCCCAGGCACCUGGAAUGUUGGUCCUCGUUUUCAGGAAUGCCUAGGAUCCUGGGGUUUUAAGUCCCCUUAAAAUUCACCUGGUCCCAAGCACCUGCCCACUGGCUGAAUCCCUUCUGCAGCAGCCUCUGCUUAAACACUUCCAGUGAUGGGGAACUCACUACCUUACAAGGAAUGAAGUUUGAUAGGAUGGAAAUGGGGGAUACCCGAGCUGUCUCUCAACCCGGGGAAGGAAAUGCCAGGGAGGUCUGAAACCGGGCUUUCAUCGGUGGGGGCGUCGCCUGCCCGGAGGUGUGAAGCAAGGAAGCUAAGGAUGCUUCGUUCUUGGACUCAUGGGCCAUGUGGGAGACGUUCGGAGGGAGGGACGGUGGAGCAGAUCAUCUAGGACCCGGGGGAGCCUCUCCCCCGCAGCGGCAGCCGGCGCCUCCCUUGGUCUCAGCUCAGGCCAACCUGCCCACUCACUAUCGGGCCUUUCGGAAGCACGAAUGGGAAGUGGUAGAGCGCGCUCUGCGCAUUCUGCAAGCCGCUGACUUCUACUGGGGGCCUCUGUCGGUGGGCGAGGCCCACGCCCGGCUGGAGGAGGAGCCCGUGGGCACCUACCUGCUGCGGGACAGCGCCCAGGGGGACUGCCUGUUCAGCGUGAGCGUCAAGAUGCCGGCGGGCCCCGUCAGCCUGCGCAUCGCCUUCCAGAAGGGCCACUUCUGGCUGGGACACUUGUUUUCGGACUGUGUCGUGACGCUGCUGGAGAUGGCGGUGGAGGCAACCCGGAGCAACGCCUUUCACUGUAAGGAGGGCUUCGCUUUGGUUUUCUCCAGCCCUCUAGGAAGGAGCCGGAGCGUGUCCCAGCGGCAGGACGUGGGCCAGCGAAGCCUGGACGCUUGUGGGCCAGCCGCUCCCAGGACAGAGCACGGCGCGAAGGCCGCUGAGAAGCAGGAGGCCAUGGGCCCCUCCCGGGCUUGGCAGGAGCGGGGCCAGCCGCCCUCCAGGAUUCACCUUCCUGCCCACCGCCAACCAAAGUAGACUUGGGAGCCAACUUGUGGACUUUGCUUCUGCUGCUGAUUUCAGCUGUGCCUCGGGACCCAGGCUCUGCCCUCCAUCCCGCACGAAUGGACGAGGUCCUCUGGGAAGAUGGGUUUCAGCAGCAGGGGGUAGGAGGGAAGAAGACUCAUGGUUCUCCCUGAAUAAACCAUUCCAAGCAUCCACUCCCAUGGGGCAGGGUGGGGACUGUUGUCCCAUCCUCACCAGCCGAUCCCCUUUCAUCCCUUACUGGAGGGGAUGAGUCACAUGUUUAAGUCAGGCUUUCACUUAUUCAAGCGUAAUCUUCUAUCAGACUGGAGGCUGGAGAGACAAGACAGGGACCCAGCCUUAGGUGCGUUUCCCUGUCUCUGUUAAAGACGCCUCCUUUGUACCUCCUUCCUCCUAUGGAGACGUUUUUUCUCCAUCCUAGUAGUAAGCCCAGGUAGUGGCCAGGCCGGAAUGGUGGGCACAGGCUCAGACUGACCCUGUGGGGUGCCUGCAGACCCAUGACCUCUCUACUGGCCUGACCCCUCUUUCCUCUGUUCUCUAACCAAGGCCAAUGAACUCUGAGAGUCAAGGCCCCACAUAAGUUUUUGGCUUGUGAACCCAAUUAAGGACCAAAUAAAAGGAAGGGAAAGGUGGAGCUGUUCAAAAGGCAGCCUUAGGUGUCCUUCCUGUGCAGAGUACUGCCCGAUGCCUUUAUCUAGCAUCUUGUACUUUUAGACCGCUUGAAUGUCACUUAGAGCACCUUACAACCCAUGCCUGCAACCCCACAGGCUGAGAGAGGAUUUUCAUCCCAAUAUUGAAGGUAAGGAGACAGGCCAGAGAAAUUAAGCAACCCUCACAGAGGUCCAUGCCCUGCGAGUGGCAUGGGGCCUAGGGCACAGAGUUCCUGAACAAGCACCCAGGAUGUUUUCGAUAACCCCGUACAGCCACCGUGUUGCUUCUUCUGGCAUCAGACUUUUGUUCUUGUCCAGGAUGGGGGCGGGGGGAGGAGCAGAAGCUUUGGCAGGAUGUGAGCUGUGGGAGAGUGAGCGGUGGUCAGGCUGAAUGACCCCCUCCCCAGCAGGAAUUACUGCUCAGGUAGGCAUUUGCACAGUUAGGCUCUGGGAUCCCUUCCAACAAGAUUUCUGAUGGUGUGGCACCAGCCAGCCUGGGCCAGUGGAAGAAGCCCACAAAAGAGAAAGGUUUGGCUAAAAAUCAAAACCAAAUGGGGCUCCAUGGGUUUCUGUAAGUGAAAUGCACCAAAUCAACAGGGCCAGGGCAGGGAAACCCCAGCCUUGUAGAACCUCAAGCCAAAAGGGUCCAAGAUGCUCUCUAGUCCAAUGCUGUCAUGCUGCAGACAGAUGGGCAAAGAGAGCAGAGAGUGAAGUGACUGCUCCGGGGUCACACACUUGGUUAGGUGUAGAACCCACGGCUCUAGGUUUCCAGCUCAUGGCCCUGUCAGCUAAACAGCACCAUUCCCCCUUUUAUUGAAUCUUUUGACAUUUGA